UCCUGUGCUGUGCUGUGCUGUGAGCACUGCUGCAGGGAGCUGUGAGGGGGCCAUGGGCAAGCUGGGAAGCCAUAACAUGAAUGCAGUGACCUAUGAUGAUGUGCAUGUCAACUUCACUUGGGAAGAGUGGACUUUGCUGGAUCUUUCCCAGAAGAAUCUCUACAAAGAUGUGAUGCUGGAGACCUACUGGAACCUCACUACUGUAGGAUACAGUUGGGAAGACCAUAAUAUUGAAGAACAUUGUGAAAGUUCUAGAAGACAUGAAAGGCAUGAAAGAAGUAGUAGUGGAGAGAAGCCUUCUGUAUAUACUCAAUGUGUUAAAGCCUUUGCAUUUGACAGUCAUCUUCAAAGGCAUGAAAGAACACAUACUGGAGAGAAACUCUAUGAAUGUAAACAAUGUGGUAAAGCCUUUGCACAUAACAGGAAUCUCAGAAUACAUAAAAGAACACAUACUGGAGAGAAACCUUAUGAAUGUAAUCAAUGUGGUAAAGCCUUUGCACAUAACAGGAAUCUCAGAAUACAUGAAAGAACACAUACUGGAGAGAAACCCUAUGAAUGUAAUCAAUGUGGUAAAGCCUUUGCUUAUCACGUUAAUCUUCAAGUGCAUGAAAGAACACAUACUGGAGAGAAACCCUAUGAAUGUAAUCAAUGUGGUAAAGCCUUUGCACAUAGCAGGAAUCUCAGAAUACAUAAAAGAACACAUACUGGAGAGAAACCCUAUGAAUGUAAUCAAUGUGGUAAAGCCUUUGCACAACACAAUAAACUUCAAAUACAUAAAAGAACACAUACUGGAAUGAAACCCUAUGAAUGUAAUCAGUGUGGUAAAGCCUUUGCUCAUCAUGCUAAUCUUCAAGUGCAUAAAAGAAUACAUACUGGAGAGAAACCCUAUGAAUGUAAUCAAUGUGGUAAAGCCUUUGUACAACACAAUCAACUUCAAGUGCAUAAAAGAACACACACUGGAGAGAAACUCUAUGGAUGUAAUCAAUGUGGUAAAGCCUUUGUUCAUCACAGUACUCUUCAAAGGCAUAGAAGAACACAUACUGGAGAGAAACCCUAUGAAUGUAAUCAAUGUGGUAAAGCCUUUGCACAUGACAAAAAUCUCAGAGUACAUAAAAGAACACAUACUGGAGAGAAACCCUAUGAAUGUAAUCAGUGUGGUAAAGCCUUUGCACAGCACAGUACUCUUCAAAUGCAUAAAAGAAUACACACUGGAGAGAAACCCUAUGAAUGUAAUCAGUGUGGUAAAGCCUUUAUAUGUCAUAGUUAUCUUCAAAGGCAUGAAAGAACACAUACUGGAGAGAAACCUUAUGAAUGUAAUCAGUGUGGUAAAGCCUUUGCACAGCACUGUACUCUUCAAGUGCAUAAAAGAACACAUACUGGAGACAAACCCUAUGUAUGUAAUCAGUGUGGUAAAGCCUUUGCAUGUAUCAGUAGUCUUCGAAAUCAUGAGAAAAUGACAUAUUGCAGAGAAACCCUGUAAAUGUAGUCAGUGUGGUAAAGUUUUGCAGUUUAUACAGGAGUAAAGUUUUUUAUGUAACAUCAUUCUGUUAAAGCCAUACAUAUUACAAUAGUCUUUGAGUACCUGAAAAAAAAUCAUGAGAGCUUCUUAUUAUUUGGGAAGAUCUUUAUCCAAUACACUUGCAUUCAGUUACACAACAGUAUUCUGUAGAAAAAAAAUUGAUGUCAACAAUCUGUUCAAACAUUAUUAUGUCCAUUUUUAUAUUGUUUGUACCUGCAAACUUAUAGAAAAAUUAAUUUAUAAAGCUCUACAUGUAGCGUAAAAGGGCCAGCCAAUGAAACACACCCUGACCCUGAAACCACAGCCAAAGAAGCAUACUUUGUCCUUGAAACCAGAGCCAAAAGGUUAAAAAAGGCCAGUGAAUGAAACACACUUUGGCCCUGAAAACAGAGCCAAAGAAACACACACUACCCCUGACCAACUGAGCACGAAACCAACCAAUGCCUUAGCAGGAAUUCUGGAUCUAGGCACCCAAACCCCUACAAACCUAAGCUGAGACAACCCUACUCAACCUGACAACCAGCCAAUCACCAGAAUGCUUGGCCAUUCAGGCUGAAAGGCAAUAAAGGAAAUAGAAAAUAAAGGAACAAAAGACCCAUCCAACAGAGACAUCACAAGAAGCAACACCUAUACCUGUAAUUAUCCCAAACCCAGAUGGGUAAAUGACAGUGUAAGAAUAUAUUCAACAACAUAAAGGGCAAUAUGGCACCACCAGAACCUAGUGGUCCUACCACCCCAACUCAGAUAAAGUAGAAGAAAACAACUGUAAAAAUAACUUUAUGAAGAUGAUAGAGGCCCUUAAAGAGGAAAUGAAAAAUUCCCUUAAAGAAAUUAAGGAAACAAUAAAGAAGAAAUUGGAAGAAAUAAAUAAAUCCCUCAAAAAAAAAAAAAAAAACAAAGAAGAAGCAAUCAAACAGGUGACAGAAACAGUUCAAGACCUGAAAAUUGAAAUAGAAGCAAUGAAGAAGACACAAACUGAGGGAAUGCUGGAAAUGGAAAAUCUGAGUAAACAAACAGGAACUACAGAUGCAAGCAUAACCCACAGAAUACAAGAGAUUUCCAGAGAAUCUCAGGAAUGGAGGAUAUCAAUAAAGAAAACAGAUUCAUCAGUCAAAGAAAACACUAAAGCCAAAAAAGUCAUAAUACAAAAUGUCCAGGAAAUCUGGGACACCAUGAAAAGACCAAACAUAAUAAUAGGGAUAGAAGAAUACCAGCUCAAAGGCACAGAAAAUAUAUUCAACAAAAAUCAUAGAAGAAAACUUUCCCAACCUAAAGAAGGAAAUGCCUAUGAAGAUACAUAGAAGCUUACAACGCACCAAAUAGACUAGACCCACCAAAAAAGUCCUCUUGUCACAUAAUAUUGAAACCACUAAACAUACAAAAUAAAGAAAGAAUAUUAAGAGCAGUAAAGGAAAAAGGCCAAGUGACUUAUAAAGACAGACCCAUCAGAAUAACACCUGACUUGUCAAUGGAGACUCUGAAAGCCAGACGG